ACGCCAACCCUCUUGCGUUCUUCCGAUUAAAUCCCUAGCCAUCGACGGGGGUCCUCUAACAACUCUGACACUGCCGCCUCAUCAUCGCCGGUGAAUUGCUCAGCUGCGGUAGCCCCCUUUGCUGGUGGACGACUUCAACUAUAAAGAACAGGGAAGGUAUGAAACCUUGAUGGAUAUGUAUGUUUGCGUACUUGCCAUUUUCGAUAAACUGUGGAGACAAGGGGAGCAAUGAAGCAUUUGGAAUGAUUUAUUAUGGCCCAGCAGUCAUCUAGACUUCAGCGCUUGCUUACUCUCUUGGACACUGGGUCAACCCAAGCAACAAGGUUGACUGCUGCUCGCCAAAUCGGGGACAUUGCAAAAUCUCAUCCUCAAGACUUAAGCAGUCUGCUAAAGAAGGUAUCUCAAUAUCUACACAGUAAAGCUUGGGAUACUAGAGUUGCAGCUGCCCAUGCAAUCGGGGCUAUUGCUGAGAAUGUAAAGCACACAAGCUUGAAUGAACUUAUUGUUGCUGUUGCAACAAAAAUAUCUGAUGCUGGGAUAUCCAGUAGUGUUGAAGAUAUGUGUGCAUGGCCUUACUUACAAUCUAAAAUUACUGGAAGUUCAUUUAGGAGCUUUGACCUCAACAAGGUGCUUGAAUUUGGGGCGUUAUUAGCAUCUGGAGGACAGGAGUAUGAUGUAGGAAGUGAUAAUGUAAAGAACCCAAAGGAGCGGCUGGCUAGGCAAAAGCAAAAUCUUCGGCGUCGGUUGGGUUUGGAUGUGUGCGAACAAUUCAUGGAUAUCAGUGAUGUGAUAAGAGACGAAGAUCUUAUGGCAUAUAAAUCAGAUUUACGUUCAUAUGGAAUUGAUCACAGAGUUUUUACAUCUCAUUCUGUACAUAACAUCCAGAAAAUGGUUGCCAAUAUGGUUCCUAGUGUUAAAUCUAAGUGGCCAAGUGCAAGAGAACGGAAUCUCUUAAAACGUAAAGCAAAAAUGAACUCAAAAGACCAGACAAAAGGCUGGUGUGAGGAUGGAAGUAUAGAGGCAUCACUUGCUCAAAAUGUGACUUCUAGAGGCACAUAUCCUGAUUCAGUAAAUUACAAUAAGGCUUUCAUUUACGGUAAUCAUGAUGAAGAUGGAUUUGAUCAUGAUGGAGAUGGGCGAUGGCCUUUCCAUAUUUUUGUUGAGCAGCUUAUUAUUGAUAUGUUUAAUCCUGUUUGGGAGGUACGCCAUGGCAGUGUGAUGGCAUUGAGGGAGAUUUUAACCCAUCAAGGUGCAUCUGCUGGAGUAUUAAAGCUGGACUCACGCUUGGGGGCAGAACUAUUUCUUGAUUUGGAAGAUAAAAGUGUAUCAAGUGUCUUAAAGAGAGAUAGGGAGAUAGAUUUGAAUUUGCAAAUUUCAGUGGAUGAGUUUGAUUCAAACUCUAAGAGGCCAAGACUUGAAGAUGAAUCAUCCUCUUCCAUGGAUAGCAGGAACAUUUGCAGCAAUGGAGGUGAUAUUGAAAUCAGCAUUAAAACUGAAACUCUUGGAUGCGAUUUACCUAUUGUUGACAGGAAUGGACAAUUUAAUGUCAACUCUGUGGGCUUGGAUCUGGAAUCUCAUUCCGAUGGUUUAUGUCAUUCAUACAAGGAACCUACUAGUAUAGCUGAGCAGAAGGAUUAUUCUGGUGAGGAUAAGAUUCCAUCUGGCAAUCUUAAUGGGCUUCCUCAGGAUUGUGAGCUUAUGAGCUUGAUUAAUGUGGCUAGAAGUUCCUGGCUUCAAAACUAUGGAUUUCUUCAAGAUUGUGUAAUACGCUUCUUGUGUGUGUUGUCACUAGAUCGCUUUGGAGAUUAUGUUUCUGACCAGGUUGUUGCUCCUGUACGGGAAACCUGUGCACAAGCAUUAGGCACUGCAUUUAAGCACAUGCAUCCGGCAUUAGUAAAUGAAACAUUAAAUAUAUUGUUGAAAAUGCAGUGUAGAGCAGAAUGGGAGAUUCGUCAUGGAAGCCUUUUAGGUAUCAAAUAUUUAGUUGCUGUGCGGCAGGAAAUGCUUCCAGAAUUGCUUGGACGUGUUCUUCCUGCAUGCAAAUUUGGGUUGGAGGAUCCAGAUGAUGAUGUCCGAGCAGUUGCUGCUGAUGCUUUAAUACCAGCUGCAGCUUCAAUUGUUGCUUUACAGGGUCAAACUUUGCACUCAAUUGUAAUGCUACUGUGGGACAUUUUGCUUGAUUUGGACGACUUGAGCCCAUCCACUAGCAGUGUCAUGAAUCUUCUGGCAGAAAUUUAUUCUCAGGAUGAGAUGGUUCCGAAGAUGAAUGGAGCAAUUGAAUUGGGAGAUACAGAAAUGGGUAAUCUAAUUGGAGUUGGUGGCAGCAGUGGUAGUAGCUGUAGUAUUCAUGACAAAAAUCCUUAUAUGCUCUCGAUGCUGGCACCACGCUUGUGGCCCUUUAUGAGGCAUAGCAUCACCUCUGUUCGGUUUUCAGCAAUUCGCACUUUGGAGAGGCUGCUUGAAGCUGGAUAUAGGAGAAGCAUGUCUAUGGAAUGUAGAUCUUCAUUCUGGCCUUCUUUUAUACUAGGAGAUACCCUUCGAAUUGUAUUUCAGAAUCUGCUAUUGGAAUCAAAUGAGGCUAUAUUGCAGUGUUCCGAGGGAGUUUGGAGGCUUCUUGUUCAGUGUGCUGUGGAGGACUUGGAGAUGGCUGCAAGAUCUUAUGAAUUCUGGAUAGAGCUUGCAUCUACUCCGUUUGGUUCAGUAUUAGAUACGUCUAAAAUGUUUUGGCCAGUUUUUCCACAAAAAAGCCAAUCUAGAGCAGCAGCUAAAAUGAGAGCGGUGAAGGUUGAAAAUGAAUAUGGUGGGGAUUUUGGCUUGGAUUCUACUAAAGGAAUUAAUCUACAAGAAAAAAAUGGAGAUGUUUCCAUGGGAUCUGUCAAGAUUGUUGUUGGUGCUGAUGUUGAUACAUCAGUAACUAAUACUAGAGUGAUAACUGCUACUGGCAUUGGAAUUUUUGCUUCCAAACUGUCAGAGGUUUCCAUUAAUGAUGUGAUUGAUCCACUAUGGAAUGCCCUUACCUCUUUUUCUGGUGUCCGUCGCCAGGUUGCGUCCAUGGUACUUAUUUCUUGGUUCAAGGAGAUUAAAAAGAAGUCAAUUACCGAAAACCAUAAUAUUAUUCCUGGUGUCCCAAAUUAUCUCAAAGACUGGCUGCUGGACCUAUUGGCAUGCUCUGAUCCAGCAUUCCCGACAAAGGAUUCAUUUCUUCCUUAUUCUGAGCUUUCAAGAACAUAUUCAAAGAUGCGUAGCGAGGCUGGUCAAUUGCUUAAUGCUAUGAAGUGUUCUGGUUUUGAUGACUUAUUGUCAUCUACAAAAGUUGAUUUGGAGAGCUUGAGUGUGGAUGAUGCCAUUAAUUUUUGCGUCUCAAAAGUUCCGGCUUUGUGUGAAAGUGCGGGGAAUGAAUUCUUGGGAAGAAACAUUAUGGAUGACAUUGAGUCAUCUAAACAGAGACUUUUGACAACUUCUGGCUAUUUAAAAUGUGUUCAGAGCAAUUUGCACGUUACGGUUUCAUCUGCAGUUGCAGCUGCAGUUGUCUGGAUGGCAGAAUUUCCUUCACGCCUCACCCCCAAUUAUAUUGCCUUUGAUGCUUCAAUAAAACGAGAGCAGGAGGAAAUACUGCAAAUGAAGUCAGCUGAGGCACUGGCUGAGCUUAUGUAUCACUCUGUUGAACGUAGACCUUGCCCAAAUGAUAAAUUAAUUAAGAAUAUCUGUGGCUUGACUUGUAUGGAUCCCUCUGAGACGCCUCAAGCCGAAUUUAAUUAGAUCAUGGACAGCAUUGAUGACCAAGGUCGGAUGUCCUUUGGAACUCCUGGCAGUAAACAGAGAUCAAAGGCCCAUGUGCUGGCUGGUGAAGAUCGAUCAAAGUUUGAGGGCUUUAUUAGUAGACGUGGAUCUGAACUCUCACUGAAGUUUCUAUGUGAUAAGUUUGGUGUUUCAUUGUUUGAUAAGCUUCCUAAGCUGUGGGAUUGCCUUACUGAGGUGCUUAAGCCUAGCUCUGCUGAAUCUCUUGCUGCUUCUGAAAAGGAAGCUGCUUUGGUUAUUGAGACUGUUAGCAAUCCCCAGACCUUGAUUAACAAUAUUCAGGUGGUACGCUCUAUUUCUUCCCUCCUGCAUGAAGAUUUGAAGCCUAAAUUGUUGACACUUCUCCCUUGCAUUUUCAAAUGUGUUAAGCACCCUCAUGUUGCAGUUAGAUUAGCUGCUUCACGCUGUAUUACUUCAAUGGCCAGGUCAAUGACUUUAAAAGUUAUGGCAGCUGUUGUUGAAAAUGCUGUCCCUAUGUUGGCAGAUGCUUCAUCAGUUCAUGCUCGGCAAGGAGCUGGCAUGCUGAUUAGUUUUCUUGUUCAGGGGCUUGGUGUUGAGCUGGUCCCUUAUGCUCCUCUGUUAGUAGUUCCACUUCUUAGGUGUAUGAGUGACUGUGAUCAGUCCGUCAGACAGAGUGUUACACAUAGUUUUGCCACUCUUGUACCUUUACUUCCUCUAGCACGGGGCCUUCCUCCACCUCUUGGUUUGGGGAAGGGUUUAUCAAGAAACACAGAAGAUGUAAAAUUUCUGGAACAACUACUUGACAAUUCUCAUAUUGAAGAUUAUCAGUUGUGCACUGAAUUGAAAGUAACAUUGAGAAGGUAUCAGCAGGAAGGUAUAAAUUGGUUGGCUUUCUUGAAACGUUUCAAGCUUCAUGGAAUUUUAUGUGAUGACAUGGGGCUUGGUAAAACUCUUCAAGCAUCAGCAAUUGUGGCAUCUGAAAUAGCUGAGCAUCGAAGUCUGAAUGAGAAUGAGGAACUUCUGCCAUCGUUAAUCAUUUGCCCAUCAACACUGGUUGCACAUUGGGCUUUUGAGAUAGAGAAAUAUAUUGAUGUUUCUGUUGUAUCUACUCUUCAAUAUGUUGGCUCUGCUCAAGAGCGGAUGUGUAUUAGAGAUAAUUUUUGUAAGCAUAAUGUCAUUAUAACAUCAUAUGAUGUUGUCCGAAAAGAUAUUGAAUAUUUGGGUCAGCUGCAAUGGAAUUACUGCAUUUUAGAUGAAGGACAUAUAAUCAAGAAUGCUAAGUCUAAAGUAACUCUAGCUGUAAAGCAGUUGAAAGCCCAACACCGCUUGAUAUUGAGUGGAACGCCAAUACAGAAUAACAUCAUGGACUUGUGGUCCCUUUUUGAUUUUCUAAUGCCAGGAUUUCUUGGUACAGAGAGACAGUUCCAUGCCACUUAUGGAAAGCCGCUCCUAGCUGCAAGAGAUCCCAAGUGCUCUUCUAGGGAUGCUGAAGCAGGAGUUCUUGCUAUGGAGGCAUUGCAUAAGCAGGUCAUGCCUUUCCUUCUCCGUAGAACAAAGGAAGAAGUCUUGUCUGAUCUGCCAGAAAAAAUAAUUCAAGACAGAUACUGUGAUUUAAGUCCUGUACAGCUUAAACUCUAUGAACAGUUUUCUGGUUCUCGUGUCAAACGAGAAAUCUCAUCUAUAGUAGCAAUGAAUGAAUCAGCUGCGACAGAAGGAAGCAGCAGAUCACCUAAAGCAUCUUCACAUGUUUUCCAGGCACUUCAAUACUUGCUAAAGUUGUGCAGUCAUCCUUUACUUGUCGUUAGUGAAAAGGUUCCUGAUCAACUCUCUACCAUCCUCUCAGAAUUGUUGCCUGCUGGCUCUGAAAUCAUUUCAGAACUCCACAAACUACAUCACUCCCCAAAAUUGGUAGCUCUCCAAGAGAUCUUGGAAGAAUGUGGAGUAGGAGUUGAUGGUUCAGGUUCUGAGAGUGCUGUUAGCAUUGGGCAGCACAGGGUCUUGAUAUUUGCUCAACAUAAGGCUUUUCUGGAUAUUAUUGAAAGAGAUUUAUUCGAGACAUAUAUGAAGAAUGUCACAUAUUUGCGACUGGAUGGAUCUGUAGAGCCAGAGAAGCGUUUUGAAAUUGUCAAGACAUUCAAUUCAGACCCUACCAUUGAUGUCUUAUUGCUUACAACACAUGUGGGUGGGCUUGGUUUGAACCUGACAUCUGCGGAUACCCUUGUUUUUGUGGAGCAUGACUGGAAUCCAAUGCGAGAUCAUCAGGCUAUGGACAGAGCACACCGUUUAGGUCAGAAAAAAGUUGUCAAUGUCCACCGUCUAAUAAUGCGUGGUACUUUGGAAGAGAAAGUCAUGAGCCUGCAAAGAUUCAAAGUUUCAGUGGCUAAUGCUGUCAUUAAUGCUGAAAAUGCUAGUAUGAAAACAAUGAAUACAGAUCAGUUACUUGAUUUGUUCGCAUCGGCAGAAACCUUCAAGAAGGGAGCUCCUGCUGUGAACCGAUUAAAUAACACGGAUGGAGAUGCUAAAUCCGCGGGCAGUGGGAAGGGGUUGAAAGCAAUACUUGGAGGUUUGGAAGAGCUUUGGGACCAUUCGCAAUAUACAGAAGAGUACGAUCUGACUCAAUUUUUGUCAAAGCUUAAUGGCUGAAAUUCUACAUUCAGUUGAGGGUGUACAUAGGCUAAAUCACAAAUUUUGACCACCUUUUAACAUGCCAAUUUUUUUACCAUGACCUUCACCAAGUUUCAGUCGUCACUUCGUGAAGCCAGUGUAAAUGUACACGCGCAAGUGGAACAGUUUCUGUAUUUUACUGGAGGUUGAGUCGAGAGUGUGGGUUCUGUGACUGGUGAAAUCCCUUGGGAAUGAAUGUAAAAUACACAAGUGAUGGCCUUGGGAGGGGAAGGGGAUGAGUAUUUUAUUUGUUUUGUAUAUAUAAAUGCCUCAGACGCACUCAACUUACAACAUUCUUUUAAAGGUACUAAUACCAAAAUGCAAAUUACUUCUUUGCUGUUU